AUGAACAAAAUUUGCUGUAAAAGCUGCAAGUCAUAUAUUUAUUCUCAAGUAAAAUUAGCUUAUUUUAAUAUUAAUUAUAGAAAAGUUCACUGAAUUCCCAGAGUACUAGCCCCUUCCUAACUCUUUCCCGCUUGGUUACCAGCUCGCAUUUCACGACAUCUUGAAGGUUUACUCUAGCCUGGCAAGUACCUGCACUUUUUGCUCGACAGUUGGAAGGGUUGUGCCAAUGUGCCAGGCAUUAAAAAAAGUUGCUCGUCAUGCAAAUUCAAAUCGGUUUAAUUUUUUUAGCGAAUCCUGCAACAAUGGAAAUCCAUUUUCCAAGGCGUAACUCCUGGCUUCACGCUGGUAAUAGUCCCGAUGGCCUACAAAAAUAACCACCUCUCUGAUCCAGGCUAAAACCCUGAUCUAUAUUAAGCUUGCAAUCGUUAAAACCGAAAUUGCGCUUAGUCUUAUCAGGUAAAACCUGGCGGUAUAAGCAUUCCCGAAUGCCAUUCUAUCUUACCCAAGGUCUUGUGCUCCCUUGCGGGCGUCAACUGUAGGAGUUAAGAAGAUGAGUAUCUCGCCCACACCAUUUUAAUGUGCCAAGAAAAAUUAGACAAAUUCCAGUGUCUUCCUUGCAAAUUAAAGAAAACUCCGUCAGUACUAAAGUGCACUGCAUGCAGAAAGAGCGAUGGUAUAAUGAUAAGAGCAAAUGGUGAAGAUUGAAUCCAUUAUAAUUGCAUGAUGGCUUUGAAGGACUUGCUCCAUAUGGAGAGAGAGCAAAAUAUUUUUAAAGAUUUAUGCUAA